AUGUCCGAUAGUGAAGAAACCCUAACGUUCAACCAAACCGUUCGUGCCAUUACAGAGUUCAUCGAAGUGGCCAUUCAUACGAUUUUGUAUGUCCGGCAAGUCUACCCAGCAGAGAUCUUUGUGAGACGGAAGAAAUACGACACACCCGUCUUCCAAUCGCGGCACCCUGUGCUCAAUGAGUAUAUCUCUGGUGCUGUCAAGGCGGUCGGAGAUGAACUUGCACGUGGCAAGGUAGACAAGGCGGUCAUCGUCAUCAAGGAUAAAGAACAGAUCGCUCUCGAACGCUUCAUCUUCUCAGUUGACACCAUGAUUGAAGUAGAGGGCUAUAACAAGGAUACGGGUGUUGAAGAUGCCAUGACUCCGUCCUCACUUGGUCAAUACUUUAGGUCCUUUAUGAUCAAGCUCAACAUGAUUGAGGCGCAAAUGGGGCAGAUGUAUCUAGGGGAUGACAUCUCGUUUGCAGUAGUUAUCGAAUUGAAAGACGACGCGGCACCCAUACACUCGAACACGAAAGACCCUCCCCCUUGGAUUCCUGCAGCCACUCAGCAUACAACACCGGGAACCUCCAACAAGUCAGAGCUACAUUUGAUUCGUGCUGUGAACACUGGAAUCAUCAAUUUGUCUCUCGCUGUUCAGGAAUCUGGUGAAAAGCUCGCGAAAUAUAAACCGAUCCCCAAGAAACCUCCCAAGCAGAAACCACCAGUCGAAGCUGUAGCUGAAGAGCCCGCAAAGGGCCCGAAUAUACAAUAA